CUGCGUAAUCAGGCAGGUCCAGGGCUGAAGGGCACCGAGCCACACGGGGUUUUUCUUAGUGAUAAGACUCCUUGGAAAGAAGAGGACAGAAAACUAGCGAGCUGACCUGCGACGUUCUUUCAGCGUGUGUGAGAGUUGGACGCGUCACGGUUAAAGAGAAUCCUAUUGGAUAUAUUUUGAAGAAAAGCUGGACAUCCUUGGAAUUACUGCAAUUGUCUCUUUUUUUUGGAGUGUCCUGGAUAGUUUUUGUCUUUUGAAGUUUGUGACCUGGAAAAUGUCGUAAACUUCUUUUUGUUAACUUACAUGUGAACUCUUUCGUUAAAACGCGCACUUGUGCGCAAGGCGGACUUAAAGAAAGAAGACUGGACACAACGUCAAGACAAAGCGCCUGAAUAAAAAAAUAAAAAAUACAACUAGGAGAUUUAUCAUUCAGCUCCUGCUUCCCUUUUUGUUGGUAUCUCUCCGGGGACUUAAAGGCGCGUACUCCCUGGCUGAGCAAGUGCGCUUUCUUCACCCUCUCCCUCGGAUAUCUCUACCGGAGGAGCAAACGGACAGUCGCGCUUCCAUAAAUGCCCGGUCCGUCGAAGAGGCUCCAGGCUGGGCAGCAAGAUGAGCUCGUUGGUGCCGCUGCUGCUCGCGUUGCUGGCGGCGUGUCCGCGGUUUGGCGCAACCGAGGGGGAGCCUCUGCCUGCAGCCCUGGUGGAGCUGGUUAGAAACAGCCCCAUCGCCUCCAUAGAGGACCUUCAGCUGCUGCUGCUCACUGACUCCGUAGAUGAGGAGGACGGGAUUGCAGCCAAUGGAGGUCAUAGACUACCAAGGAGCCUAGAUGCUCAGCUGGCUCAGCAAGCUCAGCAAGCUCAGUGCAAAGUUCGUACCGAGGUGGUCGAGGUCACGAGGGAGAUGUUGGACCGCAGCAAUGGUCACUUCAUGUUGUGGCCGCCCUGCGUCGAGGUGCAGCGCUGCUCUGGUUGCUGCAACACUAAGAGCAUGCGGUGCGUCCCUGUCGUCACGCACACCAGAUACUUGCAGGUCCUGAAGAUCGAGUACGUCAACAAAAAACCCACUUACGCUGACGCCGUGGUGUCAGUUGUCGACCAUGUGGAGUGCCGAUGUCGGCCGGCUUCGCACCCCCCUGCGCCCAAGAGGAAGUCAAUGCGCAGACAGCAUAACCACCAGCAUCAAAACCACACACUCAGCCAGGGACAAGGACAGGUCAAGGUGCACUCCAAGGAUGAACUCCAUCAGUGGGAUGAUCUGAAGCAGAACCAGAGGACCCACCUGGAGGACCUCCUGGAGCAGCACUGGAGUCCCAGAGGAGACACCUUCACUCAGCCUGGAGACGUUUACAGCCUGUCUGAGGAAGAUCCAUCCCGCACCGGAGAUGCUGUUGCUUUUUCUCCACAUUGGAAGCAAAAUGCCACCACGCUUCUUGAGACUAAAGACCAAAUAAAAAAUCUGGAAGAUGUGCAGAGAGAAAAUGGAAGGAUCUCAGAUGUCAACAAGACUAUUUCCUCAGUGGAUAAUGUUGGCGAGGAAGUAAGGAACGAGUUGGUAGAGGGAGGGGAGGGAUUGCUGCUCCUCAGCACCCAAGGGAACGUUAACGAGGGAAACCGUAGCGGCGAAGAAGGCACGGAAAUACACAGUCCAUCAUGGCAAGACGAAAAAUCCAAACCUUCGAGAAGUGGAUUUUCUCACCCUGGUAAUCAGAAUCCUGAAGCCAUGUUCAGUCCUACUGAGGCGCCCAGUGAGAGAGUUGGGAUCAGGUUAAGAGCGACUAAAGAGCCAAAUCCAGAGCCUCGAGAACAGGUGAGACGGAGAGACAAUGACACUCCUGAGGAGGUGAGGAUAUUACAGAUUGAGGAAAAACUGGAGCAGGAGAGAAAAGAGCUUCUACUUCUCCACAAGAGGCUGGACCAAGAGAAGGAGAUACUGAGAUACCAGCAGUUGAAACGAGAAGAGCAGGAAAGGGAGAAAGAAAAGGAAACUGGAAGUCAAAAUCACCUGCAUGGUAAACAUCAUCAUCAUCUGCAAACAACCACACAAAAUCCAGCAACAACAUCUACGAGUACCACAAAGCCGCCAUCGGUUCACACAGGCCCCAGACCCCCGGCACGUCCAAAGAAAAGGAUGAGGAAGAAUCGCAAACGAAUCAGCAAGGCAGCUAUGAGAGCAAUGCUAAUGUAGAGGUCAAAUGAAGCCAAGAGGCCAAGGGAACUGUAUUUUGCGGAUUCAGAGGUGAAGCAAAGUGACUCCUUUCAUUUAAGUACUUCACUCCGUAACACUACUAAUGACUGUCUGGUGAACUUGUAACUCCAUCUGUCCGGAGAAAGCGUGGCGGCAAGAAGAAAAUGGAAUACAAAUAAAAGCGGGACCUUGUCAAGAAAACUUGCUUGCCUCUACAACGACAGUUGCCGGUAUGAAGACAAUUUGUGCUAAAGCACAGAACCUGUGGACUGAAAGCGCAUCGCUGUAGGACCGUGGACAAUAGUGCAAUGUCAGAACUCUUCUUGAAACUUUGUUUUGAUAUCAGCUGAAAGAAAACCGCCCUUAGAUGUUGACAGAUGGGGUUUGAAUAACAAAGUCUGUUUCCUGAAAGACUGUUUCAUCAGCCACAAUAAUUGACAUAAAAAUGGACAUUUACUUUAAUCAGAUUAUUUUAGUAGCAAUUAUCUGCAACCAAAAACAGAUGUUGACUGAAAUGUGCAGUAUUUCCAUGAGCUACACGAAGAUGACGCUGUGUAGAUUUACCUGUUUUUCAUUCUUAGUUCUGUAGGACAGCGAUGGUUCUCAUUAACCCUAUUUAAUUAUAUUUAACUCAUUGCAAACACUGGAAUUACACAGAUGUGAGAACAAAAGAUAAAUUGGUGCAUUUCAAAAUCUCAUCACAGGUGUAAAGAAACAGGUGCUAUCUGAAUACGGGAUGAUAGCGUUACACCUGUGUCCUGACGUCGCUCUAUGUUUCUUAUUUAUUUAUCACUGCCAUUUUUUUACAUACUACAAACUACAUGUGGUUUUGUCAUGGCAGGAUGGUUCAAACAGAAAGACAGCGAGGUUGAAGAAAAAGAUCAAACACUUCUGUGUCCUACCAGGUUCAUGCAGUGUUUAACUUCUCUAGCAACAUUUAUUGUGUUUUGUAUGACUAAAAGUGUUGUGUGUGUGUGUAAGGGCUUAGGCCCACACGUACAAUGCUGUCAUGCAUCUCAAUACUCAUGUAAAUGCAUUAAUCUGUUUGUUUCGGUCUCUUUCUCUGCUUUUCAAUGAAACAUACCCCAAGCAACACCCCAAGUUACACAUGUUUUUUUCACGACUCCCAUUACAUUUGUCUUAUUAAUCCAACACAUUGUUUUUCAAUUACAGGAAAUGAGAAGGGGCAAAACAAGAAAAUUAAGAGUUUCUUUGAAGGACAGCUAAAAGAUAAACAUGACAAUUUAAAAAAAAAUCAUAUUAGUUUAGUUUUAACAUGUUGAAACAUGCUGAUGAUGCUCUUUGUGUCCAAUAAUCCAUAAUCAAUAAGUUAUUGAAAAUACGACCUGCACGUUUUUAAUGCCGACCCACAACUGUUACUGUUUUUGUCUGUUCUGUUAUGACAAAAUGACAUUUUUGCAAUAAUGAAUGCUAUUUUCAUAUGGGUAUAAGAAGCUGAUGUUGUUAAAUCUACUUGUUUGUC